UUUUGAGCACAUGACCGUUGGUACUCCAGUGAGCCACAACAACGGGAGCAUUUGUAGUGUUGUCCGGCUAGUUUUUUUUUUUUAGCCUAGCUAGAGUUGUUCUGGCGUUGGUUGUGUAUAGUUAUUUUUAAAAUGAAGCUGCAGUGUUUAGUCGUGGCCCUGUGUUUCUCUGUGGGUGUAAUGGCCGGGAAAUACUCGCGUGAAGUAAACGAGCCCAAACCGAGCGGCGGUGAUGAGCAGACGGUGGAGUUCAGGAUAGCUAAGCUGAACCAGGUGUGGGAGAAGGCUAAAAGGAUGCAGCUGUCCCCUGUGCGACAGGCUGAACUGCACAGUGACCUGAAGAUCCAAGAGAAAGAUGAGCUGCAGUGGAAGAAGAUGAAGGUGGAGGGCCUGGAUGAAAACGGGGAGAAAGAAGCCCAACUGCGGCGUAACUUUAAUGUGAUCCUGGCCAAGUAUGGAAUGGAUGGGAAAAGAGACACUCGACCACUGGAGAACAACUCCCUGAAGGACCAUGAUGCCAAAGAGGGAGACAUGUUUGAUGAUCCCAGGCUGGACAAACUAUGGAACAAGGCCAAGAGCUCGGGGAAGUUCUCCAGCGAGGAGUUGUCAAGUCUGAAGAGGGAGUUCCAGCAUCACAAGGAUAAGAUCCACGAGUACAACAUCCUCAUGGAUACUGUCAGCAGGACCGAGGAAAUACACAAGAAUGUGAUCUCCCCCCUGGAGGGUGACGCCAAAGAGCAUGUGCUGCAUCAGAAGCACACAGACCUGAAGCAGAAAAUGAGAGACCUCAACCAGGGAUUUGAGCGCCUCCGUAAGCUCAGCCACGAGGGCUUCACUGAAGACAGCGAGUUUCGGGAGCCCCGUGUGAUUGAGCUGUGGGAGGCUGCCAAGAGAGCGAACCUGAGCAAAGACGAGCUGGACUCUCUCAAGGAGGAGCUGCGUCACUUUGAGACCAAGGUAGAGAAGCACAGUCAUUACCAGGAGCAGCUGGAGCUUUCCCACCAGAAGUUGCUACACGUGGAGUCUUUGGGAGACAAAGAGCACAUCAAGAGGAACAAGGAAAAGUACAACACACUAGCUGAGAAGACCAGAGAAAUGGGCUACAAGAUGAAGAAACAUAUGCAGGACUUGUCCAACAAGAUCUCUGGUGAGGGACUCGAGCACAACGAGCUCUGAGAGGCACGGAAUCAUGAAGGUUGGACGAACUGAAAUAAUUCCCUCUGCAACCCCACACACAGCGUACGCUACAUUCCCCCAUUCCACCUCAACUACUGUAAAGAAAAAAAAUCAGUGUUUUCUACAUUUCUAGUGUUAUUAGUUGUUGAUUUCUUAUGUGAGGUUGCUGAAUGGAUGAAUUGUACAUAAUGAGAGAUUUAUAAAAAUCAGCUGAACUUAUUAGGUCACAGAUAAAACAAAGAAGGAAUAGUUUACAUGUUAAGUCUGGUACUUUGCAUUUAUUUGUACGGUUUGCAGGCAGGUGUAGAAAAAAUGUCUGGCUGUAAAUGUUGCAGUACUUCAGGCCUGCAAAUUUUGUGGGGGUGUUUGGUGAGGGAUAGACAGCAGCAGUUGAGUCACUCUUAACCAGCUGAUGUAGUUUAAGGGAUGGUUCAGGUCCUGGGGAACAGCCAGCUGACUGCAUGAGUACUUCAUCUUGCAGGAAUAUCGGCACAUUGCUGGCCAGACAGUUUGUCCACACCCAUCUGUCAGUAGUUGUGCAAGUAAUUAAUGCUACAUCAGAGUGGCUGUUGGUACGGUAGUAACUCAGACAUUAGUCGGCUGAAAUAUUGUGAUGCCACUGUUACCGUCUAAUCAAUGUGAAGAAUGCUUUGCAGAUUCAGGUUAGAAGCACUGAAACCCGGAAACGUCAAAAUGUAACAGCAGUCUUUAAUCAAUAAGAUACAGGUGCCAACAACAUACAAACAGUAAUAUUUUAAAAAUAUAGUUUAAUAUCAUUCUUAUUGUCUUGGCAUAAAUAAAAGCAGUUAUUAUUUACAAAUCCUGUAGAGGGAAGCAGUCCCUGUCGUGACAUUAACAGGCUAUUUUUGGGAAAGUUUUUAUAACUCGCCCUCAUGUUGUUUCGCCUCCUGAGAUAUGCCGGUAGGGAACCGCGGCCAUAAAAAUAAAUUAGUGCCAAAUGUUGGACAAUUUGUCCUGAUGAUAUCAAGAGGGAGGUGAGAAAUUGGAACACACACUGUGCUUUCCCAUUCAUCAAUUCUGACCUGGAGCAGAGACAUUGAUUACUGUGAUGAAUAAUGUCCCUGG